AUGUAUAAAUGGGGGGCCAGGAGGCGGUGGAGGCACCAACCACAGGAAGCUGCCUUGCUGUGCCACCCCUCACAUCUCAGGCAGCCCUGUACAGCAUGGCCAGACGUCCGCCGCUGCUGCUGCUGGCCAUGGGGGUGCUGGCUGGGGAGCUGUGGACCGAGGCCCAGGCAGCACCCUACGGAGUGAAGCUUUGCGGCCGUGAAUUCAUCCGAGCAGUCAUCUUCACCUGCGGGGGCUUCCGGUGGAGGCGGUCAGACAUCCUGGCCUAUGAAGCUAUGGGGGAUGCCUUCCCAGACGCAGACUCCAAUGCAGACAGCGAGCUGUAUGAGGCAGUGGCCUCCAGCGAGUGGCUGGCCCUGAAAAAGUCCCUCCAGGCCUUCUAUGGAGGCCGACCGGGCUGGCAGGGCACCCCAGGGGCUCUGCGGGGCAGCCGCGAUGUCCUGGCUGGCCUCUCCAGCAACUGUUGCAAGUGCGGGUGCAGCAGGAGUGAAAUCAGCAGCCUCUGCUAG